GGGGUGGGAGCGACUCCCCUGACAGCUGCUGUGGGCCUGCACCUUCCCCUUCGGAGGUCAGCCGAGACCUUCGCACGACGUUGCUGGAGGCUGUCAGCUUGCUUUGGGGAGUGCCUGGCGCCCCGCGGACGCAGAGGUUUGGAGCCAGAGGAAAGCGCGCGCGUUUAGAGCCUAGGAGACUGGACAUUGCAGAUGCAGGCAAUGGCAGGCCGCAGGAACCCAUCCGAAUGCAAGGCACGGCCUCUGACUUCAGGUCUCCUUGCUGAGCUUCCUGGCUGACCGACCUCCGAGCUUCUUGGAGAUGUUUUUUGUUUUGUUUUUAAUAUUUUUACUUAUUUGCAAACAAAGAGAGAUAGAAGAGAGAGAGAGAACAGACUUACCAGGGUUUCCAGGAAACGAACUCCAAACGAAUGUGCCAUUUUAUGCAUCUGCCUUUACGUGGGACUCAAACUCGGGUACUUGGGCUUUUCAGGCAAGCACCUUAACCAGUGAGCAAUCCCUCCAUCUUUUGGGGACCUUCUUUCAGCCUUUUACAUACAGGGUGCAGAAUCAAAUAACUGCUUCCAGGGGAUAGAACGAGGAAGUCGUUGGAUAUUGUCCAGGAGAGGUCACAAGGAGGGCCUUGCUCAAUGCAGAGUUAACCAUGGCACAGACUAGAGAUGAGGAGACACUGCCAGCAGAAGCCUCAGGCUUCUCAGACAUGAGCGACUCGGAACUCUUGGAGUUUCUGGACCUGGAAGAUGCUGAGGAAUCAGGUGCUUCACUUAGCAAGCUUGGCCCUUCCAAACCCUCGAAGACGGAGGGCAAAGCUGUAAGCUUACAAAACCACAAAAGAGGAACCAAUGUCUCCUCACCCAUGGAUAAAUUCCACCUAAAAUAUUUGUAUGUCACUGACCUGUCAACUCAGAAGUGGUGUGAACUGCAAAUGGCAUAUGGAAAGGAACUUCCUGGGUUUUUGACACCUGAGAAGGCCGAUGUUCUAGACACCGGUGCCAGCAUCCACCUAGCAAGAGAACUAGAGCUUCAUGAUCUCGUGACUGUCCCAAUCACAACUAGAGAAGAUGCUUGGGCAAUUAAGUUUCUGAACAUGCUCUCAAUGAUUCCCACUCUUCAGUCAGAAGGGCGUAUUAGAGAGUUUCCAGUGUUUGGGGAAGUGGAGGGCAUACUUGUGGUUGGCAUGAUUGAUGAGCUACACUACACAGCCAAUGGGGAACUGGAGCUGGCAGAACUCAAGACUCGCAGGCGUCCUAUGCUUCCUCGGGCAGCUCAGAAAAAGAAAGAUGCUUUUCAAGUCAGCUUAUACAAAUAUAUCUUUGAUUCUAUGGUGCAAGGGAAAGUGACUCCUGCUGGUCUCAUCCACCACAUAGAACUGUGUCCAGACAAACCUCUGGGGCCUUCAGUGCUGAGGCAUGCCCGGCAGGGGGGGGUUUCUGUGAAAUCUUUGGGUGACCUCAUGGAACUGGUUUUCUUGUCUCUCACACUGUCUGACCUCCCAGUUAUUGAUAUCUUAAAAAUAGAAUAUAUCCAUCAAGAGACGGCCACUGUGCUGGGUACAGAGAUUGUAUCCUUUGAAGAGAAGGAAGUGAGAAGAGAGGCACAGCAUUACGUGGCCUACUGGGUGGGCCACCGAGAGCCUCAGGGGGUUGAUGUGGAAGAAGCUUGGAAGUGCCAGACGUGUGAUUAUAAGGAUAUCUGUGAGUGGAGGAAGGGCGGUGGAGCGCUCAGUGCCGUGCUGGAGCCUCAAGCCAAAAAACCCAAAUGAACAGAAGGUAUGCUUUCAGAAAUAACUGAUCUCUCCAGUUCAUGAUAUACCUGUGUAAGAGGGACAGUCUCUGAGCUUUGCUUUCACAGAUAAUGUUCUGGGUUUUGUAUUUCUACAACCUCUAAAGACAUUCAUAUCCAAGACCAGGGCUCAGGGAUGUGUGGGAGAGAUCUGGGGUUAUAGUGAUCUUGGAGUUUUGUUGUAGAUUACCAAGCUAACAGAUGUACAUGGCUGCAGCAAAUGUAUCUUUGAGCAAUCAUUAUUUUCUAAGGAAAUUCUUCAAGUUCUGAUAAAUAUAUAUAAUUUGUUUUCCAGGUAGGGUAGCCUAGGCUGACUUGAAUUCACUCUGUAGCUCCAGGCUGGCCUGAAACUCAGAGAUCCUUUAGCCUUACCCUCCCUAGUACUGUAAUGUAAGGCAUAAACCACCAUGCUCAGCUCUGAUAAAUAUUGCUUUUCCUUACUCAAGGUUUUCUACAUCAUGAAUAAUAAAAAAAUGAAAUGCUGUCCAUGUAGUUGAAUUGAUGUGUGUAUGUUUGUUGGCUAGUUUCAUAUUCUCAAUCCUUCAAAGAUGACCACUGUAUAUAUUUGAGUACUACCAUGGUCCUUUAAGUCCAUAUGUAAACAUUUUAGAAAUAGAAUUAGUAGAAUGAGCAGAUCAAGAAAUUAAAAUAAACCAGUGUGGUGGCACACAGCUUUAACCCCAGCACUUGGAAGGCAGAGGUAGGAGGAUUGCUGUGAGUUUGAGGUCAGCCUGAGACUACGUAGUGAAUUCCAGGUCAGCCUGGACUAGAGCGAGACCCUACCUUGAGAUGCCCCCCCCCCCGAAAAAAAAAUACACACACACAUAUUAUAAUGCAGGUUGACACCAGUUUUUAUAAAGUGAAAAACAGUAACAAAAAAAUUUAAGGAAAAUGUAAAAAGGAGAAGUAAUUCUCAGAAGACAGUAAAGCUGGAAGCCUCAGCAAGGGGGGCCAGUGAUGCUUCCAGUGCAAGGCUGAAGGCCUGGAAGCUUCAUGGACCGUCACUGGUGUGAGUCCAUUUUGAAGGGCUGAAGAAGGUGGAGUCCGAUGUCUACCUGUGACGGCAGCAGCAGUACGUCCAUUGGCUCGGGAAGAAUGGAGCUGACAGUGUACAGGCAGGCUAUCUCUACUUACAUUCCUUCUUGACCCUCGGCCUGUUGAACUGGUGCUGCCCACUCAGGGCAGGUCUUUAACCCUCAGUUGUCCUUGCAUACAUCAAACCUCUCAAAAUACCUGCACAUACUCAGAAGUAUAGUUUACUAGGUAUCUCGUUAGUCAAAUUGAUGAUCACAAAUUGACUAUCACAGUAGGAGAUAAAAUGGAUUAUUUCUGGAGAUCCUUGAAAGCUACACACUUUUUAGACCUGGGAAUAACUCCACCCACUUGCUAGUGACUCAGGUGCUUGGCACUGGGCUAAGCAUUGUAUAUCAGUUAUCACCAGUGUAGAAACAAGCUUAAAAUGGUUAGAUUAUUAUUCUGAGGUCCCAGUGUUCGAAUGUAGCAGAUUACAGCCUAGGUAAUGUCAGAUCAUACUGCUUAUGUUAUUAACCAUUACACUCUAAAGUUUAUUGAUAGGUAAAGCAUCUAGGGCUGUGUAUAGAGAUUGUGGUGACACCAAGAAAGUGUCAGAUUUUCAAUAACUGUCAGCAGAUUACAUUUAUCAGAAACUCGAGGCAGAAUGCUGUGGCCAAAUAAAUUCAUAGUGCUAAAAGAAAAACAAAAUAAUCCCAUAUCCAGCAAAAGUGUCCUUUUUAUUGAUGAAGAGUUGAAGACAGUCCUAUAUAAACAAAAACUGAGGAAAUUUGUUACUACUCUAUCCCCUGCAAGGUAAUGCUCAAGGAGUCUUACUGGUGGAAAUAAAAAGACAAAAUAUGAA